AUGUCGCCCUCCGCACCUUCUGCACCCUUUCGCCAGCAGCAACCAGUCCCCUCCAGAGCAAGAAUGACCUUGUUCAACACUAUCCGGACGUCGAUAUAUGCUACGGUGAUCCUCUUCACUGUCAUCUGCCUCGCGAUGGCUGGGCACUUCCAGUCAGUGCUGGCAGCUUCGGACCUCACCCGAUUUGUCCCCUUCGCCAUCUUCGUCUGCUCGGCGAGCCUCUUCAUUUUCGUGAUCCUUUUGUCUUUCAGCUUUUUCUUUGGGAAGAGGAACCCUAUAUCAACAAGAAUCGAGCUGGCUUGCCUGGGAUUGGCUAGUGUAUUUUGGCUUGUACUUGGUGCCUACCUUGCGACAUCGGAGGCCCAAUCUGCAGAUGUUGAGUGCUACGCUCCUGACAACGAGGAAAUCGUCGUGGACGAGGAAAUCGCGAACUUCCAGACCGACCAAUACCAAGCAAUGUAUCGUGUCUUGAUGUCUUUCUCCUUGAUGAAUGCAGCACUAGUCAUUUUCGCCUGCCUGGCUCUUCUCAUCCUGGCAAUCCGAAGACACCGAAAGGGUGACGAACACAUGUGGCACGGACCGGUUACCUCCUGCGCCUGGUUCAACAAUUAUGAGAACGCGAAACAGACACGAGGCAAGACAAGCAGCUCAAGCAUUCUUCCCAUCGCCAGCGCACAACUUGGUCAGCCCGUAUACACAGAGAAGCCGGAGCGGAAAGCAAGCGCACGACACGAACACGUUUCCACGAGAUACCAGUCGCGAAAUCCCUACACGAAACCGGCGAAGCAGUACACUCAAUCGCCUGGCCGGUACGUGCGGCAGGGUUCUGGCAACUCUUCACGUAAUGGAGCCACAGUUCCCGACCUCGAGAAUGGCGGCAUGCUCAACCCAUAUAGCCGGACUCGCGCCCAGCGAUGA